CACACAUAGAUGAUAGACCUGUAUUUAAUAUCUCACACUUACGACGUUGGUUUUCUCCACAACCCCACUUUUGUACUUCUCUUCCCUCUCCCCCUCCCAAAUAACCGCCGAUAAACAAUGCUCCGGCUAAGCAACGCCGCCGUAAUAACAACCAAUGCAAUUCUCGCAUUGAUCGGCCUCGCCGCUCUAUCUUUUUCCGUCUACGUCUACGUUCAAGGCCCAUCACAGUGUCAACGUUUCGUUCAAAACCCUCUCAUUGUAACUGCGGCUCUCCUCUUCUUCAUCUCGUCCUUAGGCCUUAUCGCUGCUCUCUACGGUAGCCACAUCAUCAUCACACUCUAUCUCUUCUUCCUUUUCCUCUCCAUUCUUCUGCUUCUUGUCCUCUCUGUCUUUAUCUUCCUCGUCACGAAUCCCACCGCCGGAAAAGCGUUAUCCGGUAGAGGAAUAGGCAAUGUCAAGACCGGAGAUUAUCAGAACUGGAUCGGGAACCAUUUCCUUCGUGGGAAGAAUUGGGAAGGGAUCACCAAAUGUUUGUCUGAUUCUAGGGUUUGUAAAAGGUUUGGUCCACGUGACAUUGACUUUGACUCCAAACAUCUCUCUAAUGUACAGUUUGGUUGUUGUCGACCUCCCGUAGAAUGUGGGUUCGAAUCAAAGAAUGCCACGUGGUGGACAGUUCCUGCCACAGCGACUACGGCGAUUAUAGGGGAUUGUAAGGCAUGGAGUAACACGCAGAGACAGUUAUGUUACGCGUGCGAGUCGUGUAAGAUUGGAGUUUUAAAAGGGAUAAGAAAAAGAUGGAGGAUACUUAUUGUCGUCAAUCUCCUUCUUAUCCUUCUCGUCGUUUUUCUUUACUCGUGUGGCUGUUGCGUGAGAAAGAACAAUCGUGUUCCAUGGAAGCGCCGGUUCUUCUAACAACUCUUUCCAUUUGUUUUCCAAAUGAUUAAUUAAUUCUUUAUAUAUUUUUCUGUUUUUGAAAUAUUUAGUUGAUGUUUGAUGUUUCUUUUAGUGAAGUUGUCCUCUGGUCAUGAUUGUUGGUUUGCAAAUGCAUGCAUGGGUUUGGUUAUAUUAAUGUGUGAAUGUAUUGAUGGAAUAUAACCUCCAAAAUAUAUGACAUUUGCAAAAUAGACAAAACAUUAUGCAAAAAAAUAUUGUUCGAAGAAUAAUUCAUGUUUUAUUGUUCCCGUCACACGUUUGGAUAACAUAAUUAGAAAAGAGAGCUACAUUAAUGUUUUUUAACACGUAAAUUUGGUUGUGAAUUAGGAGGGAAGAAACGCUUAGAGCAAACACAUUGUUGGAAGAUACAUUGUCUAGCAAUACAAUCCAGACAAUUCUUGUUGCAAAUGUCGUCGUCGGUGCAUUGCCCUCCAUCGUGUAUUUCGGCCUCUCUCACUACUUCACUAACUCUCGUUCUUUGUUCCGAUGCUUUAGCUACCCACAAACCUAGGACAUUUUUAAUCUAACAAAUAUCAAUAUUGUGUACGGGUAUAUAUAAAUCGACUAGAAGUCUUUAAUAACAUUGUAAUACUAAAAUCAUGGUGUUUUUAAAGUUAUAAAAUACAAAAAUGCACAUGA